ACAGACCGGUGGCUGCCAGGACGAGCUGAGAUCGCACGGCUUGCGGUCCCCUGUUUGGGCCUGACUCGUGUCGCCCGGAAGAGAAAUGGCCCUGCUGUGCUACAACCGGGGCUGCGGCCAGCGCUUCGAUCCCGAGAGCAAUUCCGAUGAUGCUUGCACAUACCACCCAGGUGUUCCAGUCUUUCAUGAUGCAUUAAAGGGUUGGUCUUGCUGUAAGAGAAGAACAACUGAUUUUUCUGAUUUUUUAAGCAUUGUAGGCUGUACAAAAGGUAGACAUAACAGUGAAAAGCCACCUGAGCCUGUCAAACCUGAAGUCAAGACUACUGAGAAAAAAGAACUCUCUGAAUUGAAACCCAAAUUUCAGGAGCACAUCAUUCAAGCCCCUAAACCAGUAGAAGCAAUAAAGAGGCCAAGCCCAGAUGAACCAAUGACAAAUUUGGAAUUAAAAGUAUCUGCCUCUCUAAAACAAGCACUUGAUAAACUUAAACUAUCAUCAGGGAAUGAAAAGAACAAAGAAGAAGACAGUGAUGAAAUUAAGAUUGGGACUUCAUGUAAAAAUGGAGGGUGUUCAAAGACAUAUCAGGGUCUACAGAGUCUAGAAGAAGUCUGUGUAUAUCAUGCUGGAGUACCCAUUUUCCAUGAAGGGAUGAAAUACUGGAGCUGUUGUAGAAGAAAAACUUCUGAUUUUAAUACAUUCUUAGCCCAAGAAGGCUGUACAACAGGGAAACACAUGUGGACGGCAAAGGAUGCUGGGAAGAAAGUUGUUCCAUGUAGACAUGACUGGCAUCAAACUGGGGGUCAAGUCACCAUUUCAGUAUAUGCUAGAAAUUCACUUCCAGAACUUAGUCAAGUAGUAGCGAAUAGCACAUUGUUAAAUGUGCACAUUGUAUUCGAAGGAGAGAAGGAGUUUCAUCAAAAUGUGAAAUUAUGGGGUGUGAUUGAUGUAAAGAGAAGUUAUGUAACUAUGACUGCAACAAAGAUUGAGAUCACCAUGAGAAAAGCUGAGCCUAUGCAGUGGGCAAGCCUUGAACUGCCUGCAAGCAAAAACCAGGACAAACAAAAAGAAGAUAAAACAGAAUGAAAUGAGAUGAAAUAAAAAGUUAUUGCCUAUUUCAGAAUUCUUAAUAUGUUGUGAAGUGGUGGCUUGCUGCUGUAAUCUUUUGUUUUGUUGUUAUUGUUGAAUCUGGCAUUUCAGGGUCAACAGUGUAGGUUCUUAAAAGCCAAAGUCAGUUUAUCUUUUUGUGCCUCCCCAUUUUUUUUAGUUACCUAAGAUCGAUUAUUCAUUACUCCUCACUAAUAGAACUGUAGUUGUGUCCCAUACUUGAAGAAGCUAGAAAAUAGAGUAGUUCUUGGUAUAAUAUUAUUUUAAGCAAAGAAGUAUAAAGUAACACUUGUUCACAUCUCUUUCUAUUAUUCCAUAAUCAGUAAAGCAAGAUGGAAUGUCACAUUU